UGUGCUCUCGGAGGAAGUGGCCGGAUGAGGGCUCAAGCCUAACGUGCAUGGCUCGCAUUUGCACUAUAAAUCUUCUCCCUCGAUCUUUCCCUCUAAUCUCUGUCCAUCCGUCUGUCUUCCUCUUACUGUCCCCCUGGAUCUAGCUCUCCUUCUCUCUCUAUUUAUCUAUCGGUUUGUCUUCUCCCGCUCGACUCAUGUCGACAUCUUAUUUAAUGUCUUCUUUGUCAUUUGUGAGUCCAUUGAGGCCCCCACUCUGACUCACUCACUCGCUUUUCUUUUUUCAUUCACUUUGACUCGCUGUCGUAAGUUUCAAAAUGUUCCUCGCUGCCAUGCUAAAAAUGCAUGACCACUGGAUUGAUUGUCUUGACAUGAAGGUCAAUUUAAAAGUUGAAUCUUUGUAUCUCCUCCUUCCUUUCUGUUCCGUCCCUCCCUUCCUCCCUCUCUCUCUCUCUCUCUAUCUCUGUCCUUCUUUCUUCCUUUCUUUCUUUCUCUCCGUUCAUUCAGACACUUCCUUACGUAGCACAAGUGGAGGGUCGUAAAUAUGAUUCAUGUGACUGCUGCUGUGUCAGGGCCAGCUGUUACUCCAGCUUUUUGUCAUCCACCCGGAUCCGUCUGUGAUCCUUCACUCCCUUCACUCAUCCAAAACUCAUCCUGUUUUUUUUUUCUUUCUCUUUUCCCUGGCCCCUUCCAAAAUGUUAAGAUGAAUACAUUUUUAAAGGCCUUGUCCGUGCUCCGUUGCCUUAGAGUUCCUGUUGAGAGCUGGUCAGGAUUACGGCAGUAAAACGGUGGUGCUUUGAGUUUUCGGACCUGGUUGCAUUUGAGCUGGGAUGUUUUCAAUAGAGCCACAGGUGGUCUGUCUAAAGGAAAAUGGAUACCUUGCCCACUUUUGACUUUGGAUUCAUUUAGUAUAAAUUCUUCAAAAGGUUUUUUUUUUUCUUUCAUUUCUUUAUUGUUUUGCCUUGACUCCCCUUCCACGUUUCAAAAGCAUUUCUUAAAAGCAACCUUUUUUUUCCGUUUCUUUUUUUUUACAGGCCAGGUGACAUCAUGCUCACUCCUCACUCCCCUCCCUCUCCUCCCCUCCUUUUCCACCUCCUCCUCUUUUCAGUUUUUCUCCCUCCGUCCCUCCUUUCCUCCUCCCCUCCCUCUCACUCCCCGCUCCGCUGGACAUCCCCCCAUGACCCCUGCUACCACCUGGACGGGCGUCCACGUCACUGCCUGUCCGAGUUCAUCAAUGCGGCCUAUGGGACCCCAGUAAUGGCCAGCCACCCCAGCCGUGGAGGACCCGAGAGGAACGUGAGCUCUCUCACUGACCUCCACAACCCCCACAACCUCACCUGCCUGAGCGGGGAGCCCUGGGAUGGGGACUGGACCAUUAGCAUCCCCCUGGGCCGGCGGUUCGAAAUCACUUACAUCAGCCUGCAGUUCUGCCAGCAGGGGGAGCUCUCCGAGGGCCUCUCCAUCUCCAUCCUGAAGUCCAUGGACUACGGCCACAGCUGGAGGCCCCUGCAGUACUACUCCAGCGACUGCCAGGCCACCUUCGGCCAGCCGCCCCAGACGGUGGCCCUCACCAGGCACCAGGAGACAGAGCCCCUGUGUUCGGACCCGAGGCCCCUGCAGAAACACCGGGGCGGGGCCGUACUGGCCUUCUCCACUCUGGAUGGCCGGCCCUCUGCAGCCGACCUGGAUGUCAGCCCUGUGCUCCAGGACUGGGUGACGGCCACGGACAUCAGGGUGGUGUUCCACAAGCCGCAGGCCAGGGCGGCGGGGAAACAGGAAGCUGGGAAGGGCGAGGGCGGGAGCACUAGAGGGGUUCUGAGGUGGAGGGCGGGGUCUAGGAGCGACGGCGUAGCUCAGGGCGAAAGCGAUAGAGGAGGAGGGCUGCCGUUGGGUGCGGAGGAGAAAGACCUGAUUAAAAUAGAGGUGGAGAGCUUGAAGGAGAACAGGAGAGGGGAGAGGACGGAGAAAGCUCCCAGGAGGAACGGGAGUAACAAGUCCCCCUCCCAGGAAGAGACUCAAAAUACCACCAGGAAGGAGGGGGAUGCCAUGGCAACUGGCACCCCUUCCUCCUCCAGGAAAGGAAAGGGGCGUGGUCGGAAGAAGGAGAGCCUCCGUUGGAAGCCCUGUCAGGGCGGGGGCUGUGAUUGGGCACUGGAGGGGCAGGAAAAGAGCUCCAAAAGCCAGGAGCUGCGGAGGAGGCGUAACCACGGAGAAGGGAGAGGCUCGCACUUGCGACAGAGAGACGGCGCCUCCCUUCACCUCACGCCCUCAUCUCUCUCAGCCGCCCCGGUCCGCCCCCCCGUCUCUCUAUCUGACCUGCAGGUGGGGGGCAGGUGCAAGUGCAACGGCCAUGCCUCGCGCUGUCGCCGUGACAACCAGGGCCAGGCCGUGUGUCAGUGCGAGCAUCACACGGCGGGGCCCGACUGCGACUUGUGCAAGCCCUUCCACUACGAUCGCCCAUGGCAACGGGCCACGCCAUCGCAACCGCACCCGUGCGUCCCAUGUGAGUGCAAUGGCCACUCCACCAAGUGCAGGUUCAGCAUGGAGGUCUACCAGCAGUCGGGUCGCCAGAGCGGAGGGGUGUGCCUCAAGUGCCGUCACCACACGUCCGGCCGCCACUGCCAGUUCUGCCAGAACGGCUACACCAGGGACCAGAGCAAGCCCCACUCCCACCGCAAGGCCUGCCAACCAUGUCAGUGCCAUCCCCUGGGAGCUGUGGGUCGCUGGUGUAACCAGUCUACGGGGCAGUGCCUGUGCCGGGAAGGGGUGACUGGACAGAGGUGCAACCGCUGUGCCCCAGGGUACAAACAGGGCAGAUCGCCUCUUCGUCCUUGCCUCAAGAUCCAGGACGCUGUUGCCCCAACACCUGUCUACCAGCCUCAGUACAGCAGGGCUGAGGAGUGUCAGUCUUACUGCCAUCCGUCAUCACUGAAAGUGAGAAUGAACCUGGAGACAUUUUGUCUGAAGGACUAUGUUUUGAAGGUGCAGGUGAAAGGAAUGGAACGUUCCGGGCCCUGGUGGCAGUUCUCGAUAUGGGUGCAGUCCGUGUUCCGCGUGGGGUCGUCCCGCGUGCGCCGGGGCCAGCAGGCCCUCUGGGUUCCAGACCGUGACCUCGGCUGUGGCUGCCCGGCCCUCCAGGUUGGCCGGACCUUCCUCCUGAUUGGUGCAGAGGAAGGGGGACGGAACUGGGCGCCGGGGGAGCACCGGUUGGUGGCGGACCGCUCCACCAUCGCCCUCCACUGGAGGGAGCACUGGAGCCCCAAAUUGCGAGGGUUCCGGGGGCAGGACAAGAAGGGCAAGUGCCUGGAGGUCGCCCGGGAGAACUCCACCGCUCGCAGCAGACACACGCACACCUCUGCGGAGGAAUACACACCUCCGCACCUGGAGGAGAGACCACAGGCAGGGACGCACACACCACCACACACGAGCCCGCACAGGGCCGACGCACACACUGCGAGGCAGCGCACACCUCACGGCACACACAACCACAAGUCUCAACACACACACCACACCGACGGACACCAGAGGCACACACACCGCACACAUCACGACGGACACGACGAGGGACACAAAACAGCAGAUGGUCCCCAGGAGACCACCUCGUCUCAGUUUACCCAGAAUUCUAUGCAGGACACCGACAAUGCCCAAUCCACGCCCACCCCGGCGUCCUUAGAUGAGAAGAGACACCUGUUCUCCACUGCCUGUCCAACACUUCCCCCUUAUGACAAUCCGGUUUGACACACAGGAAGAGGGGGAGACGAUGCAGACAGAAAGGAAAUGUAUCAUAAUAAAAGACCUUGGGUGAUGCACUGAAGUCAUUUAACCUCAUUUAAUCUUUUGAGGGGAGAACUUCUUCUAAUUACUUCUAAACCUCUGAUGCCAGGCGUAGGCGCUGAAGGCUACUGAAGCUCACCCAAGGCUGAGGGUGAACAGCCGAUGUUUCUUUUACUAGCCUAGAAACUGGUGAAGAAACGGGUGGCUCCUCUAAUUUCAGGUCUCUAUGAGGAGUGAAGUGAGGAGAAGGGAGUAAGUGAUGUUGCAACAUCGACUGCUAAAGCCUCCAAUCGGUCAGCAUGCAGACGGUCAGCUCACUAGAAUGGGAGGUUACAUGACCAGAUCAGGACUUUAGAAAGCUGCUGUCUUUGUGUCAAUGUGGAGAUUGACAAGAGUACAUCCUGAGUCUGUAUUUGUGGGGGGGAAAUAUGUUCAGAGUUCAGAGUUCAGAGGGAGAGGCCAGCACCGGUCGUUUUAUGGUUCCUUUUUCCAAUAAUGCACAAAUGUCAGCAGAUGCUUUGAAUAGCUACUGUCACUCUCUAUAGUCGUAUAGAGCCAGACAUGCAUUACAUAAUAUGUCUGGUGAUAACCAACAAAGGUGACUGGUGCGUUUGUGAAGUUGUUGGCGGUUGUAGGUUCUUGACCGCAUUCAGUACCGCUGUUUCAAUAAGUUGUCUCCACACUGUGUGCUCUCAUCACAAAGUGCCAAGGACAAGAGGUUCACAUAUCUUGUGUGCGAGUGAUGAGAAGGGCAGAUUUUGGCCAAAAUAAUUUAUUGAACAACGCCAUUUUAUCGAGGGAAACCUGUGGCUGCUGAGACUUCUCUAUUGAAACCCCCCACCCACUGGUUUCUUAAAUCAUAGUGGCCAGUUGGAAUGCAAAACUGGUCACAGUAUACAUUUGCAAGUCUUAUAAAUGAUGUGUUCUUUGAAAAAAAAAUUAUAUUUAUAUCUACCUGAAAUUGUUAUCCUAUUGUAACUUGUUUGGCAAUGAAAUGUGAGGGGCUGUCAUUAUGACUCGACUGCGUGUGCUUCUUCUAUAUAGAAACACUACCUCACCUGAUUCAGAAGAUGCAAGAUGGUACUUCUGUCAAACUCAGAGGUCAUGUGAGUGCCUGAAAGGGUUUGACAUUUGGAUUCCAAGCACCAUUACUCAAGGACUGUAAAUCACAAAAUGUUUUGUAUGUAAUGUGUAACGGUGCUGUAUAUGUCUGAUAAGUUGAUUCUGUGAAGUUUAAAUGGAUUUAUACGGUGCAGAGUUGAGAAUAAACAGACUUUGUGCCCCAAGCUUCGCACAUGCUCACAGUGGUUCAUGAAUGCAGGGGUGAAAGGUCACAGAGAGGCAUCUGUCAAUCACUUGGUUGUUUUUGCUGCCUGUGUGCACCUGCUGCACCCAGGGAUUGGAAAUAAAAAGGAGAAGCACACAGGACCUGUGUGUGUGUGUGUGUGUGUGUGUGUGUGAGAGAGAGAGUGUGAGUGUAUUGUGUGUGUAGAGUGGGUUUAAUAAUAGUAUAAAUAGUUAGAGGAAGAGGGAUUAGUCACGAGAGGAAGAACAGGCUGAGUGAAUCUACAAGGGGCAAAUAUAGAAAAGGAGAGAGAGAGAAAAGAAAGGAUAAACGAGUGAGAGAACCAAGGGGAAAAGAAAGUGAGAGUAACAUAAACACGACAUGAACGA